AUGCGAUUCAACCGGGGGCAGAAUCCAUCCGUGCCAAUAUUGCAGCUACUUAUUUCGCGAGUUUAUCAGCAUGUUCUUGAGCUGAAGCUCUGGCUACUGACAACGCUGAUCUGCGCUUAUCUGAUCAUCUCGUGGGCGCUGUUUCUGCUUGCGGGCGAGACCGGCCUGACUGGUAAUCCGCUUACAUUCAUCUAUUUCGCGGCGACCACGGCAUCGACCGUCGGCUAUGGCGAUCUGUCGCCGGAGACCGAAGCCGGACGCAUGGUCGCAGCUUUCUGGUUUUUUCCCGGUGCCUUGUUGAUUUUCUCAGCUGUUCUUGGCCGGCUGACAGGUGUCCUAGUCGAAGGAGUGAGACGUAUGGCCGACGGAAACGGUAACUUUGAACGCGUGCAAGGCGCCACCGUCAUUGUCGGAUACCAUCGCGACAAGACCCCUCUCAUGGUGGAGAACCUGAUUGCCGGGCAGGAUGGCGAUGAAAAAAUCAUUCUUCUGGCAACCUCCAAAAACAUCGAAAUCCCCGAGGGUGUCCGGUUGAUCCGUGCCGAACGGCUUGACGCUCUCCAGUCUCUCAAACGCGCCGCAAUUGCCGGGGCGCAAAAAGUCCUGGUCUAUGCAGGCACCGACGCCGAGACCUUCAAUACCUGCCUUGCCAUCCGGGAAUUGAACAGCGAAGUUCAUAUCGCCGCCUAUUUCGAAGACCGGGACACCGCACGCCGUUCCGGCAAACUUGCGAACAUUGAGCCGGUUGUUUCGAACGCCUGCGAGUCCCUAGUGCGUGCCGCGCAAGAUCCAGGCUCCGGGCAGAUACUCAUGGCUCUUUCAACCGCCGGAUUCGGGGCGACAAUCUACUCCGCAAUUGAUUGGCUGCCAUCUGAAAUCCUGGGCCUCACAAUCGGGCGCGGCAUCACAUUCGAUCCAAUCGCUCUUCGGUUGCUGCCGGAUGAAACCCUCAUGGAAAAACCCGACACCACACUGAUGAUCGCUGCACAGGGACACUGUGACCUUGGCGAGCAAUCGCAUAUGCAUCGCUUUUAUCCGGAUGAUGAUCGGUUCCUGAUCCAGUUCCAAGGUGGAGAUGGCAAUGCCGACAAUCGCGUCGACGAAAUCAUGCUUUGGUACUUUUAUGAUGUUCAGUAUCCUUCCGGCGAGGCGGAAUGGAGCAAGUGCAAGAACAGCAUCCGCCAGAAAAACUACAGCUUGUCGCGUGGUGGUGAGAAUAUCGGUUUCGAGCGCGCUUGGUUCGACACUUCGACCUCGCCUGAAGAUCCGAUGACCUAUUGGGAAGAAAUCUGCGACGACCGUUCCGGUGGGGGACGGCGCCGAAUUUUUCAGACUGCAAUGUUGUUCGCCCGCCAGCUCAAAGACGGCCGGGACGAAAUGUUACUCAUCAACAUGGAAGAACCUGAAAACGCGGAGCGGAGCGUCGCAUUCAUGAUCGGGUUUCCGCUCGAACAGCACAAUUUUUCUGUCUAA